CAGAAGCAUCUUUCUAUUGAACCCCAAAGGCCACAAUCAAUCCUUGGCCUCUCUCCCUCACAUAUCAGCAUCAACAUCAUCAUGCAAACUCCCUCCUUCACCUGCACAUCCUCUAGUACUGAGAGUGCAAGUUUGGAAGCUGAUGAAAAUUCCAUUUUUCUCUCUCUUGGACCUCCUGACCUACACAUCCGGAAGAAUCCUAUCUAUAUUCCCUCUAACCACACUGUGCGUCACCAAACUACACCUUCUAGUACUCCUGAUCAGGUUGAUGUAUCAGUAGCCCUUCACGUUGGUCCUGCAUCUGGAUCCAGUUCUAGCAACCCUAAUGACAUCGCUGCACCCGCUGUUUUCCAAUACUGGAUUCCUUCUCUCGCACAGAUCCUUGCUGGCCCAGCACAGUUCUCUUGCACUGUCUGCAACAAAACAUUCAACAGAUACAACAACAUGCAGAUGCAUAUGUGGGGGCAUGGAUCACAAUACCGGAAGGGCCCAGAAUCUUUGAGAGGGUCGAAACCGUCUUCCUCCAUACAGAGACUGCCAUGCUAUUGCUGUGCCGAGGGUUGCAAGAACAGUAUAAAGCAUCCAAGGUCAAAGCCGUUGAAAGAUUUCCGGACCCUGCAGAUUCAUUACAAGCGAAUGCACGGAGCCAAACCAUACGGGUGCAGAAAAUGUGGAAAAGCAUUCGCUAUCCGAGGGGAUUGGAGGACUCACGAGAAGAAUUGUGGGAAGCUCUGGUUUUGUAUUUGUAGCUCUAACUUCAAACACAAGAGGUCCCUUAAGGACCAUAUUAGGGCAUUUGGAGAAGGUCACGCUCCGCACUCCAUGGAUCAGCUGUGUGAGGGUGAAGAAGAAGAAGAAGAAGAAGAAUAAGGUAAUGAUGACGAAGACGUUGAAAAUGGAGGUCCUGGGCUGUUUUCUUUUGGUAGUACACUUGGAGUUUAAUCUUUAGGUACGAUUAAGGUCUAGUAAUUACUAAUUAGUGCCUCUGUUUUUCGUUGUGUGAGAGAUUGAAAUAGAAUGAAGACGAACGGCGUAAUGAAACCCAAGGUUCUUUGCAUUAAUCAGUAUGUGCUGAGAGAGAGAGAGAGAGAGAGAGAGAGAGAGAGAUAGCGAGAUAAAGCGUCUUUAGUAUCUGAGAUUCCGAAUGCGCGGUGACUCUGAGCUUCGUACGUCUACCACUAACACUUUCAGCAGCCCUACCUAACGUCAGAGAGGGUAACGAAGGGCCAUAGAAAGAUUACUGUUUUUGGGUUUUUUUUUUUUUUUUUUUUUUGCUGUCUGCAAGAUACUGUUUACUUUUUUUGGUUCCACAAGGGUGGCCUCUUACAAAGCCUUUGAUCAUUCUACAUCAUGAGUCAUUCAUCAUGACCCAUGUCCCUUUUUAUUUUAUUUUUAAUGUUGGGCUUUAUUAUUACUCCAUAAUACCUUAUGGUAA